GUGCAACCUCAAGAGCAGAGGGGCUAGACUGACAGCUAGAAAAUUGAAUUCAACCUAGAGAAGAGUCCUAUCAUACUUGGUUGUUUUUUGACAAGGAUACCAGAAAAGUUGAUCACUGCUAUUCGUUUCAUUCUUCCAGGUUGAACUGUAUUUGUCCCAGGGAAGAAUGCGAAGUCGAAACAACAAAGUCCUUGCGAUAAGUGUCAGAUGUUAUUAUGACACCUCUGUGUACUUUGACGGACAGUCAGUGCAGAUGUUUUGCUGGGAAAGGUCCAGCUGCCCAACCCAAGCAUAUUGUUGCUUUACUUUUGGAAACAACACACAGAGUUUCAGGGGAACAAAUCAUACUUCCUCGUACAUGUAUCUACUCAAGAACUGCAGUCAUUACAUGGAUAUGAAAUGCAAAUCAGCUGGAGACUUGGAGUUCUACGCAAAAAGAAUCGUAACCACAGGAUCCAAAAUGCGUACAACAACUUUCGUAGAUCUCAUAACAGUUCGAUGCCUACCAAGCGUACUAUUAUGCCAGUCAACGCAUUUCAGAAUAAUUACAAAUUUUCGAUCGAUUGAUUGGCAAUAACUCGAUGAAUUUCAUAGAUGGAAUUAUUUUUCUUGCAGAUUCGGAUUCCUGAGAUCAAAAUACAUGAGGAUAGCGUGAGGAACCCU